ACGUCACUGCUACACCCACGUCACCUGCUAUAAAUCUCUCCAUUUUCCCUCUCCGUUUCCCUCUUCCUUUUUUCCAUAAUCAGAAAAAAAAAAUCACUUCGCCGGAAAUGCUCUCUUCCGCUUCUCUCCGAUCAAAAUCAGUUAAACAAACUUAGAACCUUCGUACUCCAUUUCUCGAUUCCGGUGAGCGUUCUCCGUUUAGAGAGGAAGCUAGGGCUCAGAGAUGGAACUGGCACUCGAUUUCACUCAGAUCUUCGAUUCAUGGCCUCAACCUCCUCCUCACAAUCUUCAACAACCUCCGGAGCCUUCUGUAACCGCCUUGAUGGACUCCCUACGGCGAGACAGCAAACCGGAGUUCGUCUCCCGCGCGAAACGCGUCUUCCUAGGUCAAGACUCGGAGCGCGAGCGAGGCGAGGCGCUCAAGCUUCUCGCCGCCUGCUGCGGCUGCGAUUCCGUCGGCUGCGCUUCGGCCAUCUUCAACGGAGACAUCGGAUCGGUUCCGUACAUCAACGACGCGGCGGAGGAUACGGGACUCUCGCCGCUGCACGCGGCGGCCGAGGCUAACGCGCCGAGGUGCGUGGAGAUGCUUAUUAAGCGACGCGCUCGUACGGAUAUGAGGAGCAAAGACGGACGCGCUUUGCUUCCUCUGGAGCUUUCUCUCUGCAGCGGAAGCAUGGAUGUGACCUGGGAUCCAAGUGCUGACUCUCUUGGAGACUUGAUCCUUCUCCUUGGUGACAAGGAUCUGACGGUGGUGAGACUACUUGCUGAAAAGACUAAGGAAGUAGACGUUGUGGCACAUUCAUACGCCACGGCUGGUGAAAUAGUUCCUUUGACUGCGUUGCUGAUUGUAGCGGUUGAUAAGAUCAGAGAGGCUAGUGUGGCGUUACAGGAUGUUGAUGAUUCUGUGUGGACAAAGCCGAAGACAACGAUCUAUGAGUUUGUUAUUCUAGAAGCGUUGCGUAGUAAUAGCAAGAAAAGAAUGCUUUUGUUGCGGGAGAUUGGGCUCCUUCAGCUCUUUGGUGCUGCAGUUUUUAGUGAAUCUGUGGAUAAGCAAACCUCACCGCUUUUCUCCAUUGUACAGGCAGGAGAUGAAGCUGUUCUUGAAUUGCUUAUAAACACGGACAUUGAUGUUAACGAAACAGAUGCAGAAGGGAACACCGCUCUUCACUGCUGCCUGAAGGGAUCAUCUGUGCCACAUAAGCAACAAACUAGAAUCAUGAACCUACUUCUUGUACACGGUGCUCGUAUUACCCAUAAGAACAAGUUGGGUUUAUCUGCAGUCCACUUAGCUGCUGCAAAUGGCAAUUUAUCUGCACUUGAGAUUCUUCUAGCGGCCUACCCUGAGCUGGUUCACUCCAAGACAGUAAUCAAAGAGACACCACUAUUCUUCGCAGUGAAGAAUAACCAUCUUGAUUGCGUUGAGCUGCUUCUUCAGUGUGGAGCAAGUUCAGAAAUUCAUAAUCUACGAAAACAGAGACCAAUAGAGCUGACUCAGUCACAAGAUAUACGCUUCCUCCUUAACCCAACAAACAUCACUUGCUCUAGCAAAGAAGCAGAACCUGCUAAAGGAGAUGAUGAAGAAACCAGUUUCACCGGCACUGCCGUGCCCACAUGGCUCAAAAAGUUCGUAAAAUGGCUUCCUCGGCAUCUCCGAGAUGUAUCAGAGAGGUACAGAGAGAUUAAUGGAUAUCCCCUCUCAUCACUCAAAGCCGAUUUCAGAGCUGAUUUUGGCAUGGAACUCAACCACUCCUCCCUUGGCUUCUCCAAGCUCAUCGACUUCAUCAAAUAUUUUCCAAAACUCUGUCAAGUUAAAUGCGUCCUCGUUGGUGAUUCUGGACUUGCAACCCACUGGGUGAUGUUACCCUCCAAGUGUUCUCAGCUCAAAGGAAGACCUCCAGAGCCACUCAUCAUCAAAAACAACGACUCUUUCUUUCCCAACAAACCGAAGGACUCAUCAGCUCCAGCUCUCAAAUCCACACAACAAGCACAUGACUCUCAAACCUUGAAGGCCAUUUUCAGCAAUGUCUCUCUCUCUCCAAACAAACCGAAAGUCUCAUCAACACAAGGACAUGACUCUACAACCUUGGAGCCAAAAGUAGAGCCUCAACCUCUCGUGACUGCAUCUUACAACAACUAUCAUCAACUAAAACAUCCGGUUCUAGAGACAGCUUCAGUAAACAAACACACACAACAAGCCCAUGUAUCUGAAACCUUGAAGCCAGAACCUCCUUUGGAUGCUUCUUACAGCUAUCAUCAUCAUCAGCUAAAACAUCCGGUUCUAGAGGCACUUGCAAGGAUCAGAAACAGCACAUCCAUAUUCUUUCUCCGUGAGUUCGACUUUUAUCAAAGCUAUGAGACGUGUUUAAGGAAAGGAAUGUGUUUCUGGUGCAACAAGAGCAUGCUCCUAUGGGCAAACUUCCCAUGUCGACACAAACUCUGGUGCAGCUCUUGUAAACACAAGAUCGCAGAGUCUGCAGGCGACCACCACAGGUGUGUGAUCUGUGACGCUAAAGUGGAAUGUUUCAUCUUGUCUCCACCGUUUGGAUUCGAUCAUCAUAGGCAUUCAAGUCGUCUCCCUAAUGAUGCUGAAAUAGCGACUUGGUUCCUCGAAUAUCUGAUAUAAGAAAUUCCAUGAAGAAGGGGAGCAUUCAUUUGGAUCAUGGGAUAUAAGAGAAGGAAAGAAACUCCUCUUGUGUGGUAAAGUGGAUUUGACUCGUGAAACAAAAACUAAGUAGAAAACAGAUGAAAGCUCUUCUUCUUAAUAACAUAGAAAGUACAUAUAGUAUUGAACGUUUCUGGUGCUUGUAGCUCUCUGUCUCUCGAUAUUAAAAGUACUAGCAUUAACAAAGUAAAAUCUGAAAUCAAAA